AUGUCGAAAAUAGCAGGGGAUGGCGUGGCACUCUUUUGGACUACCAUCAUGUUGCUGGCGCUAUGUUGGAUGACUUUCUCUUUAAGGGCGGCCGUGAGGAUAUGGCGGAAAAUUUGGGGUCUGGAUGAUACUGUCAUGGCGAUAGGUCUACUACUUUAUACGGUCACUAGUUGUCUGUGUAUUGUGUGCAGCUUCUACGGAAGUGGGCAGAAAGCUGCCAUGAUAUCGGCUUAUGAUAUCGCCCGCGGAACCAAGCUCUUCUUCAUCGCCGAGUUCUUUUACGCCUCUAGUGCCAUUACCAUCAAGUGUAGUAUUGCUGUCACUUUACUUCGCAUUGCGGAUACUCGUCGUCGUUAUGUAUAUACGGUGUGGGGCAUCAUGAUCAUCACAUCUGUUUCUGCCCUCAUUUUCAUGAUUGGUAUCGCCAACAUCUGUCAUCCGAUUAAUACCUUGUGGGGUGAAUCGGAGGGAACUUGCAACCUCCAGUUGAAUAGCGAUGUUAGUUUGUUCUUCUCUGCCGUGGAGAUUGCAACCGAUUGGGCUUUAGCAAUCUUGCCUGCGAUUUUGUUAUGGAAUAUCCAGAUGAAGACUAGGGUCAAGGUAUCUGUGGCUUGUAUUCUUGGGUUGGCUGCUUUUGCAAGCUGUGCAACAAUUGUCCGACUUCGUUACCUAAGUGCCUACAGCGACCCAACAGAAUUCAUGUUCGGCACUGGAAAAAUUGGACUCUGGUCCAUCAUCGAAGAUGCCAUGGGAAUCUUCGCCGGAUCGCUCCCCGCUCUUCGCCCUCUACUCUCUCUCCCUUUCCUCAACAUGAGCUCAACCGGAGACUCAAACAACAAUGCAUCUUCGGGAAACAAAAUGAACGUUCCCAGGACCCAACAUCAAACCAAUCGUUCCGAUAUCAAUUUAGAUACUUUUCACCAAUUAGGUGAUUCGGAUGUGGAAAAGGAUGGGGAUGGGGAUAGUCAGAAACGAAUUUUGAAAGAGACGAAAGUUAGCGUCACGAGCGAUAAUAGACAUUCUGCGCCGGGAGAAUGGGAACAAAGCCAAGUCCUUGGAUGGAAGGGAAACCGAAACUCAUCGAGAAAAAUUAAUUAA